AUGCAUUUAUCAUUUAUACACGACAUGUCAUAAAGACAAAGAAAACUAUUUUUGUUGCUGUUAAAAAAAUACGAUCAUUGUCUAGAAUAAAUCUAGGAUAGAACUUUAUCUUUACAAGUUAAGAUACAUGAAAUUGAUUGAUUGUGGCCCAUAUGAUGUCAUUAGAUUGCAUACCUCUGUUAUAGAAAGUUUCCUUCUGUCUAGCUGAAAGUGUUAGUUAGUCUUCAUGGUCUUGCCAGAGUACACAUUAGAGGACCUUUAUGGUGGUUAUGAAACUCAGUCCUCUGAAGGUGGAGAAGCUGAUUUACACAAGCACCUCACAGGUUGUAAAAAGAAUCCAGGUCAUGUAAAGUUUAUACCUGUGGAAACAUUCAAUUUGGAACAUUUACCUGAAGGAUACCAUGACCAUGAUCUCUAUGAUCUGAUCAAAGCUGUAGCUGACCUGACUGUCAGAGUGGAUGUUCGAUUGACCAGUGAGGAUCGACCUGAGUUCUGGCCAGAUAAAAACUAUGCCUAUCCUUUUUACAGCAUUAGAGGAAAGGAUAUUUUGCGCACAGGAAGUGGAAGGGUGAGUCAUAUCACAGAAUACAAAUCUUGUCCUUGUCAAAAAUGUCUUCAGUCUGAUGAACCUAACAAAGUCUGGUGGGAAGUUAUAGUACAGACUGCUACACAUGUGGUUUACGACAAGGCUGAAGCUAGUCACACAAAAUUUAGAUUGUUUUAUGAUAGACAAGACAGUCCAGUGAUCACUCUAGGAAACGUCAGCGUUUGUGACUCCUACUUGAAAAGAGACCAGUGCUAUCUAGCUUGUGUUACCUGCGAUGCUGAUCUAGGCAGCAAGGUCUACGAUAUUAAAACGCGUCUUGAUGUCUUGUGGCGUAAAGUACACAACAAAUAUAAACAGACCAGAGACAUCCAUAAACUGACAUUCAUAGUGUCCCAUCCACACGGAUGCCCAAAACAUAUUAGUAUAGGUCAAUGGGUGGAGAAGUACCAUGUGACCAACUUUGUCUGCAAGUUUUCCUAUACGACCAGCACAUGUCCAGGGAGUAGUGGUGCUUAUGUCAACAUAGUUGGAUAUGACACUUGCCCAUAUCAACCUGUGCAUUCUGGGACAUUAGCAAAUAAUAUAAAUUACAGUGGGUCCGGUAUUAUCAUCUAAUGUCAAAGCAUGUAAUUUAGUGUAAAUUUAAUUUAGUUUAAAUUUAAUAAAUGACUAUGCCUUUUAA